AGGCUGACCCGCUCGGUUCACUCUUCGCUGGCAGGGGGGCUGGGGAGGGCUCGGAGCGGGAGCUGGGCCUGGCUCGAGGCUGCCGGAGCGGGGCCGGGGGCCGAGCGAGGGAGAGGGCAGGAUGCUGGUUCCCUUGAUACUGUGUGCAGCUCUCAUGACAGGAAGUGGUGAAAUUCAAGGUGAUGAAUGGAUUGACCCCACAGAUAUGCUCAAUUAUGAUGCAGCUUCAGGAACAAUGAGAAGACCUGCCAAGGUUAAAAAAAGAGUAAAUUAUGACGACUCUGAGGAUAGGGAGGUACCAGAUGCUGUUAUGAACUUGCCAAGCAUUGCAGCAGUAUCAGAGUGCCAUAGGAAAUUAGAAUCCUUAAUUCAGAAGAUUGAAGAGUAUGAGAAGAAAGAGAAGACCAAGUUAAGUGAAAGCCAUAGCAUUCAUGUUUUUAGGAGAUACUUGAAUAAGAUUUUAAUUGAAGCUGGAAGACUUGGCCUUCCUGAUGAAAACAUUGGUGAUGUGCAUUAUGAUGCUGAGAUCAUCCUUACAAGUCAGGCUCUUUUGGAGAUCAACAGAUUUCUGAAUGAGGAGGACUGGAAAUCAGGCGCUUUGGAUGAUGCAGUUAGUGAUAUUCUGAUUAAUUUUAAACAUCAUGAUUAUGAAGUUUGGAAAUGGAGGUUUGAGGACACUUUUGGAGUUGAUCCAUAUAAUUUGCUUAUGGUACUCUUGUGUUUGGUGUGCAUUACAGUAACUGUAGCUACUGAGCUAUGGACACACAUUGGUUGGUGUACUCAGGUAAAACGCAUUUUAUUCAUCAGUUUUCUCAUCAGUUGUGGAUGGAACUGGAUCUACUUAUAUAAGAUAGCCUUUGCACAGCAUCAAGCUGAAGUGGCCAAAAUGGGAAAUUAUGACAAAGUAUGUGAUGAGAAGCUGGACUGGAGUGAGAGUCUUUUUGAAUGGUUUAGAAGUUCAUGGACAUUCCAGGAUGAUCCUUGUCAGAAGUACUAUGAAACAAUACUAGUAAAUCCCAUUUGGCUAGUCCCCCCAACAAAGGCAUUGGCUGUUACAUUUACCAAUUUUGUAACAGAACCAUUGAAACAUAUUGGGCAAGGAAUUGGUGAAUUUAUUAAAGCCCUUAUGAAGGAGAUACCAAUGAUGCUACAGAUUCCAGUGUUAAUCAUCCUAGCUGUGGCGGUUCUGGGUUUCUGCUAUGGUGCAGGAAGAUCAGUUGCUACACUAAUACAUUUAACAGGUCCUGAGCGGAAACCAUCUCCUUCACUUCCUCCAAGUGACAGACAACAACAGGAACAAAUACAUUAUAGUGCAGGUGAUUCAGAUGCCAAUUACAGAAGGAAUGUUGGUUCCCUCACUGGAGAACCUCAUGACAGAAGAGAUGAUCACAUGAGACUUCAAAAUGGCAACAGAAGCUCUGAAGUUCUGCUGCCAGGUGGUACACUAAAUGCACGAAGAGAAGAGCAUCACAAGUGUGGAUUGCACCCUGUGUCUCAAGAUCAAACUAUUUUUAGAGUGAAAACCAAUGCAGAUCAAAACUGUGAUAAAGAGAUUGCACCUGAAAAACAUAAACUGCGCACGCUUGGAGUUGAACAAGAGUCUGAAAAGAAUUGUGAACCUCAAGCAAGUUGUAGCUCAAAAAAGGAGAAAACAAAUAAGCAAAACUCAAUUGAUAAAACAGGAGAUCUUGAAAAGAUGGAAAAGGGCAGUCCACCUCAAUUAAUGGAAGGCACAGAGGAAACUAAAGAAUCUUUGAACUCUGCUGGUUUGUGCUAUGGUGCAGGAAAAUCACUUGCUACAUUAAGAGAUUUUAAAAGUCCUGAGCAGCAACCAUCUCCUUCACUUCCUCCAAGUGACAGACAGCCCCGGGAACAAAUACAUUAUAGUGCAGGUGAUUCAGAUGCCAGUUACAGAGGGAAUGUUAGUCCCCUCAGUAGAGGACCUUAUGACAGAGGAGAUGCUCACAUGAGACUUCAAAAUGGCAGCAGCAGUCCUGAAGUUCUGCCAGCCGGUGAUAUACCAGAUCCACAAAGAGAAGAGCAUUACAAGGAACAAAGUCAGCAGCCUACUACUGAAGAUCUUCCAGAAAGGUCCCUGGUUUUAUCUUCCUGAUGCAAUGGAACCCCAGUGGAGGUGAAAGUGCAGCAAUUAAAGAAACAGUAAUUUAUCAAUGCCAGUUGGCAAGUGACACUACCUGUGGCUUGUCCCUUAAUCCAGAAGAUUGGAUUCCAAGUGAAUUCUCAUUGUUCAGAUUUUUGCUCCUUAUGGAUCAAUGCUACCCCCAUGAAACGGUUUAUAAAAGUCUUGUGAUGGAGAACUAGCCAACUGUAUGUAUUUCAAAGUAAACCAAGCCUGGUUGUAAAGCAAGAGCUUAUUUUUGAAUUUAAAUAAAGUAGCUUUUUAAGAAAAAAGUGGCCAAGGUGUGAUAUGUUCAAUUUGAGCUAUGAGAAACCAGCAAUCUUGAUGUUUAGGAGAUAACUUUGAAUAGAAACUGUGUCCUAAGCUAAAUAGGAAAUGGUCUUUUU